GGCGGGGUAACGAGGCUGGGGCGAGGGACAACCCGGCGAGGACGAGGCGAGACGAGGUGAGGAGGCGCCUGCAGCCCCGGGUCAGUCGGUGCCCGCGCCGCUGUCUCGCCGCACCGAAACACUCGCCGCUGUGCUGCUGCUACUGCUGCUGUGAUAGUUGGAGCUUCUUCGCGCGGCUCCUAGAUCCCAGCCAACAGGAGCGUGAGGAGGAAGGAGGCCAGGAGCAUGGGGCCCCUGCAGGUGGUGGCCCUGGUGGUGGCGGUGGCGGCGGGGGGCGUGGAGGCGCGGGACGAUUCGGAGGCUUGGCGGCAAGGAUACCAACCCCUGCCCUUCAAGAUAGAGCCACCCCCGCAUGUCCCCGGCAAGAGCCACCGCCCGGACCUUACCCAUAUCCUCUACAGCUAUAGAGUACCGUCACCGUCGCAAAUCCACCUACGAGAUCGAGGUCCCGGGCCCGUGGAGGUGCCGGUGCCAGUGCCGCUGCCCGCCAGCUACUCUGUUCCGCAACCCAUCGUCCCGGACUUCUACAGGGGCUCGAUCGAGGCCCACCCCCACGGCCCCAACACCCUUAGCACCCUGUACACCUCUUCUCAUUCUGCCCAGUUCCCAGAGGAGGACGUGGAUUAUUACGCGCCGUGGACCAAGUUCCAGCGCGGUGGCGUUGAGCACAUCCCCGUCGAGGCCCUUCAGUACACGUCGGAGGUACAGGAGGAGGAGGAAGACAGCGAGAAUGUGGCCUUCUCCAGGAGCGUCGUGGAGGCCUAUCCGAAAUUUCAAACGCCUUACUCCGGGGGCAAGGAGGACGAGCUGCGCGAGGCAGUAGUGGUGGACGCCUCGGAAGCUCUUGGUGAGAAAUAUGGCUGGGUGGGCAUUCGCUCAGCCGUGGAGUCCCCGCCCAUUUGGACACCCUUGCAGGAACCCGAAGAAGCCAACCCUCUCCCUGUGCAGCUCAACAGUCGCCCCUUCGGCAUGUGGUCAGAGGAGCUACUGGGCCUCGGCUCUGGAAAGGAUGAUUUCUCUGACACGGACAACGCGUACGUUCGCGAACACAGCGACUUCGACUCCGUGGCGGGCGGGGACCUUCUUCAGUACCAAGCGUCCAUCAGGCAGCACAACGGAGACUACAAGCUCCUCUGUUACUACGGCGGCUGGUCCGUUUACCGCGAGCCCCCCUUUGACUUCGGAGUGCAAGACAUCGAUCCGUUCUCCUGCACCCACCUCAUCUACUCCUUCGCCGGCCUGAAGGAGGUAGAGCUCACCAUCACCUCUCUGGACCCUGAACUCGAUAUCGUGAAAGGGGCGUACAAGGCUGCCGUGGGGCUGAAGCAGGUCAACCCCAACCUGAAGGUGCUGAUCGCCAUUGGAGGAUGGAACGAGGGCGGCAAGAAGUACUCGGACAUGGCCGCCACCAAGAUGAGUCGAGACAAGUUCACCCAGUCCGUUGUGACCUUCCUUACAGAGCACCAGUUCGAUGGCCUUGACCUCGACUGGGAGUACCCGGGCGCCAGCGAUCGAGGGGGCAAGUGGGCGGACAAGAAGAACUUCGCAGAUCUUGUGGACGAGCUGCACGCCGCCUUCCUCCCUCAUGGCUGGAUCCUGUCUGCUGCUGUGUCUCCUGCUGGGUUCCGGCUGCAGGCUGGCUACGACAUCCCAAGAAUCUCCCAAAAGCUGGACUUCAUCAACGUCAUGACCUACGACCUGCGAGGCCCAUGGGACGGGAAGGCCGACCACCACGCCCCCAUCGAGGCCCGACCCACUGAUAGCUGGGCCUUCAAAGCUCUCAACACGAAGAACGGCCUUGAGAAGUGGAUCGAGAAGGGCACCCCGAGAGAGAAGCUGAUCAUGGGUAUUCCUUUCUAUGGGAGGACCUUCACCCUGACCAACCCCAACAACAACAAACCGGGUGCAAUGGUCACAUCAGGAGGCACAGAAGGCAUGUACACCAAGGAACGAGGCUUCCUGGCAUACUAUGAGGUGUGCAAGAGGGAGAAGACCGCUGGGUGGACAGUGACCAGGGACGCCGCCGGAGGUCCCUACAUGCACAAGGGAAACCAAUGGAUCGGCUGGGACGAUGUAACCUACAUCGCCAGGAAGAUGGACAUGGUGAAAACUAUGCGGCUGGGAGGGGCCAUGGUGUGGGCCAUCGACCUGGAUGACAACAUCGGCGUGUGUGGCACCAAAUGGCCGCUUCUGAGUGCCAUGCGGCGAGGACUCGGGCUCAAGAGUGUGUCAAACUUCCUUCCUCCGGUACAUGUCAGCCCCCCUCAACCCCCGGCUGUGACCUCUGCCCCUGCCCCCUCCACCACCACCACAACCACCACCACAGCAGCACCAAUAGUCACACCGCCAUCAUCUACAGCCUCCACUACUUCCACCACCACCUCCUCCACUACCACCACCACCGCCACCUCCACAACCAUCACAGAUCCACCCCAGCCAGCCAGCACCCCCCAGGACACCACCACCCCAGCCCCAGCCUCUCUCACCCCUACGGAAUCCACCCCAGCGCCCACCUUCAAAUGCUCAGGCCCCGGGUACUUCAGAGAGGAGAAUGACUGCGCCACGUACUACCUCUGUGACCAGUCUCUCACGGCCCAUAAGUUUGUGUGCCCCGAGGGUCUUGUCUUUGACCUCAUGCGCCGUCUCUGCAACUGGCCGAGACAUGUCAGAUGCGGGAAAGGUUCAUCUCCCAUCAGAAAGACGAGGUGCAUAAGCGACGGCCUCUUCAGCGACCCUUCGGACUGCCGUAUGUUUGUGUGGUGUCGUGACGGUAUCGCUCAGAGAGUCUCCUGCCAGCACCAAAUGUUCUUCAACCCGCGGACAGGCGUGUGCACCGUGGAGGGCCAGAAGUACUGCAUGCCGGGGGAGAGCCUGAGGGUGAACACAGACCUGCCCCUCAGGAACAGGCCGAUAGCCAUGACCAAGAUGGCAAGCGAGUUCAAGGUGGUCUGCUACUUCACCAACUGGGCGUACUAUCGUCCUGACCCCUACAAGUAUGCCCCGGAGAACGUGGACCCGUCUCUCUGCACCCACAUCGUGUAUGCGUAUGCUUCCCUCGACUCAACGGACCUGGUUAUGCGUUCCCUGGAUCCCUACCUUGACUUUGAAUACAACUUCUACCAGCGUGUCAUGGACCUGAGGAAUCGAGCGUCGGGCCUCAAGGUCAUGCUGGGCCUGGGUGGCUGGGUGGACUCAGCCAGCGACAAAUACUCCCGCUUAGUCAACAACCCCAAGGCCAGAGCAAAGUUCGUGCAGCACACCACGGACGUCCUCACGGUAUAUGGCUUUGAUGGGCUGGACUUUGGGUGGAUGUUCCCCAAGUGCUGGCAGAUGGAUUGCUCCAAGGGCCCUGCCUCUGACAUCCAGGGCUUCACUAGUCUCAUACAGGAGCUGAGGUCUUCCUUCGGUCCCCGUGGGCUGCUCCUCUCGGCUGCCGUCUCCUCCUUCAAGAACAUCAUCAACAAGUCUUAUGAUGUGGCCAAGCUGUCUGCAAGCCUGGACUUCAUCAACGUCAUGACCUACGACUUCCAUGGGGCGUGGGAGAGGAAGACUGGCCACGUGGCGCCCCUCACGGUCAGGAAAGGAGACCUGUAUGCCAGCCAGAACACAGAGUUUGCCCUCCAGCACUGGGUCAAGAGCGGUGCUGACCCGGGGAAGCUGGUGAUGGGCAUACCCUUCUACGGGCAGACCUUCACGCUGGCCAACCCCGCCCAGAGUGGCCUCAAUGCCCCAGUGAUCAAAGGUGGAGACCCCGGCCCUGCCACACUCCAACGGGGCAUGAUGGCAUAUUUUGAGAUCUGCCAAGCGGUCCGCACUCGAGGCUGGACUAAGGUCGUGGACUCAACCCACGCCAUUGGUCCGUUCGCUCACAAGGAUAACCAGUGGUACAGCUAUGACGACCCCGCCUCGGUGGCCCACAAGGCGCAGUACAUCAGGUCCUCUGGCUACGGCGGGGCGAUGGUGUGGGACCUGAGCCUUGACGAUAACCUCAACCUCUGCUGUCGCGAGCCCAUGCCUCUGCUGCGCUCCAUCAACCGUGUCCUCCGCACCGUGUCGUACCCGGAGCCGAGGCCAGGAGGAGGAAACUGUGCUCAGGCCCCCAAGCCCCCCACGCCAGCCCCCCCCAGGAGGACCACCACAUAUGCCUCAGCGCUCGGAACAAAAAUCACCGACUCAAGCUACGGCGACUUCAACCUGUCACAGUCCGGCCCCACGACACCGCUGCAACCAUGGAUGACACCAUGGCAGCCUAGCACGAAGAGGCCAACCACAGAGCGACCGCCAGCUGACUACCCGCCCCAGUGGCCACCAACCACUGAGCGAACCACGAUGAGACCCAUCUGGCCGCCAACCACUGAGAGAACAACCACUGAGCGAACCACCUGGAGAACAACCACCAGGGGGACAACUUGGUGGUGGACGCCUCCGCCAACCACAACCAGAAGAACCACAAGGAGACCAGAGAGACCAGAGACGCCAGAGACAACCACGCGGACCACCAGUCGUCCUGAGACCACCACUAAGGCCUUUGAGGAGGUGCGACCCCCCAGCGGCGGACCACAAGCAGGGGACUCUUGCAGGGCUGCAGACACCUUCUCGAAACCCGGCCAGUGCUCGAAAUAUCUGAGGUGCAAUAAUGGGGAGCUGGUUGAGGAGACAUGCAUCGCUGGGCUACACUGGAACCAGGCGGGCGGCUACUGUGACUGGCCGGACAAUGCCAACUGCCAGGCGGGUGCUGCCCCCACUAGCCCCCCCGCCCGCCCCACCCAGGCCCCCACCACUGUCCGCAGCACCACCGAGGAAUACGAGCGUCCAAUCAUCGACUUCACUACCAGACGCACCACCACCGAACGCACCACCACCACGGAACGCACCACCACCCAGCGCUCCACACCGACAUGGUGGUGGACCCCUCCCCCCAGCACCACCCGACCCAGCACGCGCCCCUGGUGGAUUGCGAGCACCACCAAGCCCACUACCACCACUGAUGCCCCCGCCUACCCCUACCCUCCUGAUGCUGUUGAUGUUCCCGCCCCACCACCCGAGUCUGGGCCGUGCACCGAGGGAGAGAAGAGCUCCGUCCCUGGUGACUGCAAGAGCUUCAAGCAGUGUUUCCAUGGCAAGCUGACGGUCCUCUCCUGCCCUCAAGGCCUCCACUGGAACCAGAGGGCGAAAAUCUGCGACUGGCCGGCCAACGCAAAGUGCUCAAGUCCCGUCAUCCGUGGCCCCGGAAGCCAGCACAACCGGAACAGAGGCCGGACACCCUGCAGCAAUGAAGGCCAGACCUUUCCGGGGCCGCAGUGCACGGCACGAGUGCGCUGCUCCCAGGGAUUCUUUACCGUGGAGCUCUGCACCGGCGGGCUGGUGUGGGACCAGAGUUCCAAGGCUUGCAAACUCGCAUCACAAGUCCCCAAAUGCUCUGACGUUAUCCUCUCAGUCGAGAAUGAAGCUGUGCGGCCGGCAGCUCCUCCCCCUGCCAGCAGCCAACUGGACGUGAAUGUGCCUUGUCAAGAGGGCUCGUACCAGAGGAACACCAGGGACUGCACGAAGUACAUGCUGUGCGUCCAUGGGCAGUGGAUGGAGUCGCAUUGUCCCCCUGGCUUGGAGUGGGAUGGCACAAACAACCGCUGUAACUGGCCGGACAAAGCCAAGUGUUCAGCGUCCGGAGGUGGUGCACUCCCCCCAGCAGACCACCUACCCCCUGAUAGGCCCGAUUGGUUCCCACCCCCUGUGAACCACCCCCCCAUUCAUGAGACCUCUCCGUCCAUCCCGUCACCACCACCCCCGCCACCGCCUGCCCUCCCCCCAGGAAGCAGUGGCCCUCCGAUCUCAGGUGACUUCAAGAUCGUCUGUUACUUCACCAACUGGGCGUGGUACCGUCCUGGCAUCGGCAAGUACAGGCCUGAGGACAUUGACCCGAGCCUCUGCACCCACAUCGUGUACGGUUUUGCUGUCCUGGACUACUCAAACCUCAUCAUCAAGCCACAUGACUCUUGGGCCGACAUCGACAAUGACUUCUAUGGCAAGGUAACAGCCCUCAAGAGUCGGGGCAUCAAGGUGACCGUGGCUAUCGGCGGCUGGAAUGACUCGGCCGGGGACAAGUACAGCCGCCUCGUCAACAACCCCGCCGCCAGAGCCAAGUUCAUCGCCCACGUCAUUGAGUUCAUGAAGCAAUACAACUUUGACGGCCUUGACUUGGACUGGGAGUAUCCGAAGUGCUGGCAGGUGGACUGCAACAAGGGUCCCGCCUCAGACAAGCCCGCCUUUGCCAGCUGGGUGAAGGAGCUUAGCAUUGCGUUCAAACCUCAUGGAUUCCUCCUCUCCACGGCUGUCUCCCCAAGCAAGAAGGUCAUCGAUGCUGGCUACGACGUUCCCACCAUCAACCAGUACAUGGAUUGGAUUGCCGUGAUGACCUACGACUUCCACGGCCACUGGGACAAGAAGACCGGCCACGUGGCGCCCAUGUACUACCACCCACAGGACGACUAUGACUACUUCAACAUGGACUUUGCCAUCAGGUACUGGCUGCAGAAGGGUGCCACCAAGGACAAGCUGGUGAUGGGGAUGCCACUCUAUGGACAGUCCUUCACCCUCAAUGAUCCUCUCGUCAACGGCCUCAACGCCCCGGCACGCACAGGAGGAACAGCCGGGCCGUUCACCCGGGCGCGAGGCUUCCUGGCCUACUACGAGAUCUGCCACUUCAUCCAGAACAACGGCUGGACGGUAGUGAAGGACCCUGAGGGCAGGAUGGGCCCCUACGCCUACUCCGGCAACCAGUGGGUCUCCUAUGAUGACGCGGACACCAUCAGGAAGAAGUCCCAGUACAUCAGGGACUUGGGUUUGGCCGGAGGAAUGAUCUGGGCGCUGGACCUGGACGACUUCAGGAACCGCUGCGGCCAGGGCCCCCACCCCCUCCUCAGCACCAUCAAGGCUGUGCUGGGGGAGCCCAGACCACCUGGCUUCGUGGACUCCAAGCCUGCCCACAACCCCGAGGGACCAGUGAUUAAGGCACCACCCGGGGUGGACAGGGUUGUGGGGCCGCCCAAGCCUGACGAGUGCUGGGACCGAGGCACGGGGGUGGUGAGGGUGGAGGUGCACCACCCGCCAAUACAGCCAGAACACUUCCUUCCCGAGGUGCCGGGGGUGAGGCCUCCACCAGGGGUGGCAGUCUGCCAGGCCCCAAAGAAGUGCUGGGACCCUGUCAAGGGUGUCAUCAUACAGCGUAUGGUGGACCAUCCCCCCAUCCAGCCGGAACACUUCCUGCCCGAGGUGCCGGGGGUGAGGCCGCCGCCGGGAGUGAAGGAGUGCAAGUGCUGGGACCCCAACACAGGAGUAAUGAGGGAAAACAUCCAAGACCAUCCCCCCAUCCAGCCAGAACACUUCCUGCCGGAGGUGCCGGGAGUCAGGCCGCCGCCAGGGAUGGCAGUCUGCCCCAAGAUGUGCUGGGACCCCAAUUCUGGUGUUAUGAGGGAAACCACCCCAAACCAUCCCCCCAUCCAGCCAGAGCACUUCCUGCCUGAGGUGCCCGGGGUGCGGCCUCCCCCAGGAACGGAUAUAUGCCCUUCUAAAACUGCAAAGCCACCCGGCACCGGCGGCAUGGGUCAGCCCCCCGGCACCAUGGGGAACGCAGCUCCUGCAGAUGGCUUCAAGGUCGUCUGCUACUUCACCAACUGGGCGUGGUACCGGCAGGGCGAGGGGAAGUACGUACCAGAAGACAUCGACGCGAGCCUCUGCACCCACAUUGUGUACGGCUUUGCGGUGCUCAACAACAACAACCUGCUCAUCAAGCCUCACGACACCUGGGCGGAUUUCGACAACAAGUUCUACGAGAAGGUGACCAACCUGAGGGCCAAGGGGGUGAAGGUGCUUGUGGCCAUCGGUGGCUGGAACGACUCUCUCGGCGGGAAGUACAGCCGGCUCGUCAACAGCCCGGCCGCUCGGAAGAAGUUCAUCGACCACGUGAUUCAGUUUAUCCAGAAGCACAACUUUGAUGGCCUCGACCUGGAUUGGGAAUACCCGGUGUGCUGGCAGGUUGACUGCAAGAAGGGUCCCGCCUCCGACAAAGCUGGGUUCUCCGCGUGGGUGAGGGAGCUCAAGGCAGCGUUCCAGCCUCUCGGACUCCUCCUCUCGGCUGCCGUGUCCCCGAGCAACAAGGUCAUCGACAUGGGCUACGAUGUCCCCGUUCUGAGCCAGUACCUUGACUGGAUCGCCGUCAUGACCUACGAUUAUCACGGCCAGUGGGACAAGAAGACCGGCCAUGUCGCCCCCAUGUACGGCCACCCUGAUGACGACAACCCAGCCUUCAACACGAACUUCACCAUCAACUACUGGAUCGACAAGGGCGCCGACAGACACAAGCUGGUGAUGGGCAUGCCAAUGUACGGCCAGUCCUUCACCCUGUCCUCGCCCACCGCCCACGGCCUCAACCAGAAGUCCAUGGGAGGCGGAGAGGCCGGCCGCUACACCAGGGCUCGGGGAUUCUUGGCUUACUAUGAGAUUUGCUACAAGAUCCGGACCAGCCAGUGGACGGUGGUGCGCGACCCCCUCAAGACGAUGGGUCCCUACGCCUACAGUGGUAACCAGUGGGUGGGCUUCGAUGACGUGGAGACAAUCCGAUACAAGUCUGAGUGGAUCAAGCAGAUGGGCCUGGGCGGCGGCAUGAUCUGGGCGCUGGAUCUGGACGACUUUAGGAACAGGUGUGGCUGUGAGACGCAUCCUCUGCUGCGCACCAUCAACAGGGUCCUCCGUAACUAUCCCAUGGCAGACCCAGGAUGUCCACGACUUGAGGAUGCGGGAGGACCUCCACCGCCGGUUGUCAUACCCAGCACCACCCACGCCCCGGUGACCUGGUGGAAGCCUCCUGCCGCGGUGUCCUCCACGCCCUGGUGGCAGCCCAGCAGCACAGCGGCAACCCCUGCCCCGUGGCAGCACAGCAGCACAGCAGCAACCCCCGCCCCAUGGCAGCCCAGCAGCACAGCGGCAACCCCUGCCCCAUGGCAGCAGCAGACCACCGCUGUGGCAACAGUCCCCACGCAGAGACCAGUGGUGAACGUCAGCCCGGGUGGCAAGUGUCAGGAGGGUGUAUACCGGGCAGACCCGAGGGACUGCACGAAGUAUUACCGCUGCGUCCACGGCAUCGAGAUGCAGGAGACCUGCGCCCACGGCCUGCAGUGGGACGACUCCAAGAAAAUCUGUGACUGGGCAGCCAGAGUCAAGUGCACGGCAGGGUCAGGCGGCGCCCCAGUCACCCAGCCCGCCACCUCCUACCCCACCCAGCCCACCACGCGCUACACCACACGCCCCACCACGCGCUACACCACACGCCCCAGCUACACCACACGCCCCACCACAGCCCCCCAGGUCCCCAUGGUGCAGACCUCCAGGGCGCCUGAUGUCCGCCCCCCCGGCAGCACCUCCACCACCACGACAGACACCGGCUACAAGGUGGUCUGCUACUUCACCAACUGGGCGUGGUAUCGUCAGGGCGCCGGCAAGUACAGGCCCGAGGACAUUGACCCUGACCUCUGCACCCACAUUGUGUAUGGAUUUGCUGUUCUGGACGGCACAUCACUACUUAUCAAGCCUCAUGACACCUGGGCAGACUACGACAACAAGUUCUACGCGAAGGUCACCGCCUGGAAGUCCCGCGGCAUCAAGGUCACGCUGGCUAUCGGGGGCUGGAACGACUCGCUUGGGGACAAAUACAGCCGCCUCGUGAACAGCCCCGCCGCCCGAGCCAAGUUCAUCGCCCACGUCAUAGAAUUCAUACAGAAACACAACUUUGACGGCCUUGACCUGGACUGGGAGUAUCCUGUGUGCUGGCAGGUUGACUGCAAGAAGGGCCCGGCCUCCGACAAACAGGGCUUCGCGGCGUGGGUGAAGGAGCUGCAUGAUGCCUUUAGGCCUCAUGGUCUCCUGCUCUCAGCUGCUGUGUCUCCAAGCUACAAGGUUAUCGAAGCAGGCUAUGACGUCCCCACCAUCAACCGAUACUUCGACUGGAUCGCCGUCAUGACCUACGACUACCACGGCCACUGGGACAAGAAGACCGGCCACGUCGCCCCCAUGUACGCCCACCCUGAUGAUGAUGAGCCACUCUUCAACACGAACUCCACCAUCCAUCUGUGGCUGCAGAAGGGCGCUGACCCCAAGAAGCUCAUCCUGGGCAUGCCGCUCUAUGGCCAGUCCUUCGGGUUGGGCUGGAAGGCUAACGGCACAGGACUGAACCAGCACGCGCCGCAGAAGGGCCAGGCAGGGCAGUUCACCAGGGCAGCCGGCUUCUUGGCUUACUACGAGAUUUGCCACAAGAUCAAGGGCGGUGGCUGGACUGUGGUGAGGGACCCCGCUGGCAGGAUGGGACCCUACGCCUACUCCGGCAAGCAGUGGGUCAGCUUCGACGAUGUCCACAUGAUUAAGUUCAAGUCUGAGUGGGUCAAGCGCAUGGGCCUGGGCGGCGGCAUGAUCUGGGCGCUGGAUCUGGACGACUUCAGGAACAGGUGUGGCUGUGAGCCGCACCCGCUGCUGCGCACCAUCAACAGGGUCCUUCGUGGCUUCUCCGUGCCAGACCCGAACUGCCAGCUAUGAUGACCGCACACACGCCUUCACACACACGACCACACCCACAGAUGCUCUCAAAACUUUAUGAGGGAAGACAGAGCACAUUCGUCUUGGUCUGUGAAAUGGUUACAGUCUAAAUUUGUCCCCGCUGUAAAAUAUGAUAACUUCUAAAAAGAAUAAUGAAUUUCACAAAUCAGUAAGAUAUUCAAGGCAGAAAAUGACAUUGGGGUGAAAGGACUUGCUCAAAGCAUUGUAAAAGUCUUUGAAGCCUAAAGAAAAAUGUAAAAAGUGUGCUGUAAAAUUGUAAUAAGGUUUUUAGCUUUCCUAUCAGCUGAAUCUUUUCUGUUGAUUAUCGAAGCAGAAUAAGAAGCCCAGGGGCUGGAUGUUCAAAGCCUGCCAUGGUGCUGCAUCUCAGUGUGGGUGCCAGGCAGUGACCAGGCUCACACACAGGACACGGAGGCUGACAUGUUAGUAAAAGUUCUGGCCUGUGUGUCCUGGCUGGUGAGGGCUGUCUAGAGUACCCCACACCUGCCCUGUGACACCUCGUGGUUGACUUGGUAACCUCAGACACACACACAUACAUACACACAUGAAGGUUCAGGUGUCUCAGGGUUCAGGGUGAGGCACGGCAGCUGAGUAAUCAUGUGUGUGUGUGUGUGUUUGUGUGUGGAGCCAAGCUGGGGUGAAGAUUCUGGCUGUGAGUGGAUCAAGGCCUGAGUGAGCCAUGACUUCACAGGGCUGUCUGAGUGUCCAGCUCCCGCCCCAAGCUCUCUCCUCAGCCUUGCAAGGCUGGCACUCACUGCGCUGGCUACAAUACUUGGCCUGCCAUUGUUAUUUUUUUAUUAUUUAUUGUUAUUUUGCUUCCUUAGCUGACAUUGCUGUAUUGCUAGUUGUGUAUUGGGCACAAGUACAGCUCCUGUGGCAUUAUCACUGAUGUUAUUUAUCAAUAAAAGAAUAUAAAAACCA